GCUUGAUGUCUACUCGGAAGCGAUUCGGUCGUGGCUGGCCAAAGACAUGCGUCUCCCGGUGCUCUCGAUUCUCCAAGACCCAACGCUUGUGCUAUCGAUGCGCGCCCCCGAGACGAGCUUGAAGAAGAAAUUUGGCAGCCUCUUGGCACGCAAGCAAGCAAGCGCACCCGAGAGCAUUCUCCAGCUCAAAGUUCGCAUCAAGGGUCUCGUCGACGCCCUUGUCAAGACGACGGAGAAGCCGAUUCCCAAAGCCAUUCUUCAGUUCCUCGCCAAGCUUACAAGCGAUGGCGUCUACUUUCCACCCAACUACUUGUCGGCCACCGAGCGAGUGGGGCUCGAGUUUAACGCGCUCGGCGCGACGCGCAACAUGGCGACCGACGCUCGCUUCGACCUCGUGGUGGUCGGCUUUGUCCUCGGACGAGUUGUCGUGCCGUACGUCGUGCUCCAGCCGUGGACAAGCGGCAUUGGCGGCCGCGCGCGCCCCCACAAGCAAGUCGAAGCAAACCUCAAGCUCGUCGCCACGAGCCUCUACGUGCUAUGCACGCGGCUGGUGCCGCUGCUGCCGGAGCCUGGCCUUGAGCGAAUGCGUUCGUGGCUGGAAGCAUUGAGAAGGGUCGUUGCGGCAUCGACCGCGUCGUCUGGCACCCUGGGGUCUGCCGCAAGCACAGCGAGCCUAGGGCAGGACGCGUCCUGACUAUAACAUCCUGAAACGUGCCUCCCA